AUGCCGUUGUUUACCCUCGCACGCGGCAAAAGCGUUCAAGUCGGCGUGACCAUAUGCUGCCUCGUCGCGUUCGUGCUUUUUGGCUACGACCAAGGAGUGUUAGGUGGUAUUCUGGAAAAUGAGGAUUGGCAAGCUCAGUUUGAUCAUCCGAGUGACACGGAGACUGGAAUCAUAGUUUCUUGCUAUAACUUGGGUUGCCUGGCAGGCUGUGUUAUCAACUUCUUCGUCGGAGACUUGCUUGGCCGUCGCAGAAAUAUUUGGCUUGCCAUGGGCUUUGUUCUUAUCGGCGCUACCCUUCAAACCAGCGCCUACAAUGCUCCUCAUCUGAUAGUAGGUAGAAUCAUCACUGGAUUUGGUACAGGCAUUAAGACUUCGACGGUUCUUUUCGUUGGAGUCGGGAUUACCAUCGCUUAUUGGUUCGACUUCGGCAUGUCUUUUGUCGGCGGCUCAGUUGCGUGGCGUCUUCCCAUUGCAUUCCAACUCGUCUUCGCAAUUGGCGUCAUCAUUCUUGUUUUCGCGCUCCCGGAAUCCCCACGUUGGCUUUUCAUGAAGGGACGCGAUCAGGAGGCCAUCAACGUCUUAUGCCAGGUCCACGACAAAGAUCCAUCAGACCCGUCUAUCGUAGCGGAGACACACUCUAUCCAAAAAGCCAUCGAGCUUGAACUCUCAGCAAACAAGAGUGACUCAUUCUUCAGCAUCUUCAAGAAGGAUAAUAUUAGUACCAGGUAUCGUAUCCUGCUUGCCUGGGGUGUUCAGUUCAUGAACCAGGCUGGAGGAAUCAACCUUGUUGUCUAUUAUAUCCCAUCUGUCCUAGUGCAGAAUGUGGGGUUCGAAAAACGCACGGCUCAGAUUCUUGGUGGUUGUAUCAACAUGAUGUUUAUGUUUGGUUCCAUCUUGCCCUCUAUUGCUCUGGAUCGAAUGGGCCGCAGGAAGACAAUGCUCUGGGGCUGCUUAGGUCUGGGUGUUUGCAUGCUCAUGGUAGCAGCCCUUCUGUCUCGGGUCGAUUAUCCUAAUGGCCACGCUUGUGCAUCGGCCGCUGUCGCAUUCUUCUUCCUCUACAUGUUGAUUUUCGGCAUGAGCGUCAAUUGUGUACCUUGGGUCUAUGUUCCUGAGAUUCUCCCUCUUGAAGCACGAACUCGAGGGACAGCAAUUGGAGUCAGUUCUAAUUGGCUCUGGAAUUUUACUGUUGUGAUGAUCACGCCAGUCAUCAUUAACCGCUUGCAGUGGAAGGCCUAUCUCAUUUUUAUGGUCAGCAACUUCUUAUUUGUGCCCAUUUUCUACGUCUUCUACCCAGAAACCAGCAACUUCAAGCUGGAAGAUAUCGACCUUGUCUUUUCUCAAGGAAAGAACCCGGUUUCUGUCGCAAGACAAAUGUCGAAGGACAUGACGAACAAUGCGAGCAGAAUCAGUCAUGAUAGUGGCGGCAACUCGACUGGCCCUGAAAAAGAUGAUAUUUUCAUGGUGGAAGUUGCUUAGGAGCCAUUGCACGACGAGUUUUAUGAGGUCGUUUAGACCUGUGAUGUAUUCGAGGACGAGUGUGGCACAGUUUCGACAGCUGAAGGGAGUCUUGGAGGCCUUUUGGUGUACAAAGCAUUGCCAUGGAGGGGAUGAGUUCGGUAUGCAAGACAACUGUUUCUGGGAUAAUAUCUAAGAGUCUAUUGACUGAAAGUCAGACAAUAUUCCAGGUGCAAGCAAUAACAGGCCUAUUUCUCUUCUUCCAUCCUAUAACUACUCUCAUCCCUUUAAAGAUAUCUUUCCUCAAGCUUUUAGCAAUAUCGCAUAAACCCAUAUACUUUUUUAAAAACCC